AUAAAAUCAGCUGAUAAACGGCACACAACUAGUGCAUUUCACCACAUCAAGCGAUUGACUGAUUAUUCACCACAAACACGCAUUUGACAUUUCAUAGAGAAACAAAAAAGCAACAACGAGAACGUGUGUAAUUUGCAUGAAAAAAUUCCAGCGAAAACCAAAUUUAACGUUAGUGAAUUGGAAAUAUCUACUUCCUACCAAGACCAACCCGCAAUCUUGCAACUACAAUGCCAGCAUUGCCCAGCGGAGUAUAUGGCCAAGCGCAGGGCCCAUCAUGUUUUGAUAAAAUGAAGACAGGAUUCACGAUUGGCUUUUGUGUGGGCAUGGCAAGUGGAGCACUCUUUGGUGGCUUUUCAGCGUUGCGAUAUGGUUUGCGUGGCCGCGAGCUCAUUAAUAAUGUGGGAAAAGUGAUGAUACAAGGCGGCGGAACUUUUGGCACUUUCAUGGCUAUCGGCACCGGCAUCCGUUGCUAAGCAGAAGAUCGCUUUGGGAAAGGCAAUGAUAACGCAAUGCCGGAACAUAUUUUCGCGUUUUUUUUAUAAUGAUGCCCUUUUCUUAAUAAUUUCAUAGAUUUUAGUUUACCCACAAUACAUAUACUGAGAUACGUGCAAAUAUCGUUAAAAUAAAUAUUUUUGAAAUGAAG